GGUGGGGUGACGGCGGGCGGUGGCUGCGCUGCACCCGACUGGUGGGCGCAGGACCUGGGUCGGCACCGGAGCCUGUCAUCCCGGAGCGGUCGGCGGGGGUGCAGAGACGGCGAUGCGCCCCUGUCCCCCGCACCCGGGCCGCUCCGGGCUCGCGCCUCCCGCCCCGCGGCCCCGCCCCCUGCCCCACCCCAGUCGGGAGGCUUAGCUGGGGCCGCAGCGCGGCGGCAACAUCACUCUCGCUGCCGCUGCUCCGCCCCAUCCCCUUCUGUUUUUCUCUCUCAUUCUCCAGUGGCGGCGGCGGGGAAGGCGGAGGCAGAGGCAGCAGCAGCCGCGCUGGCUGCAAUGAAUGAUCCCCCAGCUUGGGGGGAGGACUCCAGGUGAGCCUCUGCCCUCGGGAGGCCCGGGACCCCCGGCCGCCCACGACCGGCAGCCCACGCUAUGGAUCCCUAGAGGAAGGAGGAGAAGACAGCUCGCCGCCCACCCCCAUCCCAUUUUCCUCUUCCUUUAUCUCAUUGUUGCCGAAGCUGUUUACGGCAGCGCUCCCUCUGCUCCAGCAUGGGGCGGGCUCCGGGCACGGCUGCUCGGCAGGCGCUGCUCCCGCGGCGACUGGGGGAUUCUGCCUAAUUCACCUCCCAGCCGGUGCAGAGAGGACCGGAGAGCGGUGGAGGCCCGGACUGCAGCAGCGUUGGGGCCACCUCCCAGCGUCCCCACCCUAGGAGGCUGCAUGCGGAUUGAAGAGCUGCGCCUGGGGGCUGGGCCGGCCCCGCUGAUCCCGACCUAGCGAGCAGGAUAGCAGGACCGCCCAGGCUGCGGAGGGGCUCGGGGGCAGGAAGGUCAGAGCAGCAAAAUGGCCAGUAAGACCAAGGCCAGCGAGGCCCUCAAGGUGGUGGCCCGGUGCCGCCCCCUCAGCAGGAAGGAGGAGGCUGCUGGUCACGAGCAGAUCCUGACCAUGGACGUGAAACUGGGCCAGGUGACCCUGCGGAACCCCCGCGCUGCCCCGGGGGAGCUGCCCAAGACCUUCACCUUUGACGCCGUGUAUGAUGCCAGCUCCAAGCAGGCUGACCUGUAUGACGAAACCGUGAGGCCCCUAAUAGACUCCGUGCUCCAGGGUUUCAAUGGCACGGUGUUUGCCUAUGGCCAGACGGGCACUGGCAAGACCUAUACCAUGCAGGGGACCUGGGUGGAGCCCGAGCUGCGCGGGGUCAUCCCGAAUGCCUUUGAGCACAUCUUCACCCACAUCUCCCGCUCCCAGAACCAACAGUACCUGGUCCGGGCCUCCUAUUUGGAGAUCUACCAGGAAGAGAUUCGAGACCUGCUCUCCAAGGAGCCGGGCAAGAGGCUAGAGCUGAAAGAGAACCCCGAGACUGGCGUCUACAUCAAGGACCUCUCCUCCUUCGUCACCAAGAAUGUCAAGGAGAUUGAGCAUGUGAUGAACCUGGGGAACCAGACCCGGGCUGUGGGCAGCACCCACAUGAACGAGGUCAGCUCCCGCUCCCAUGCCAUCUUCAUCAUCACUGUGGAGUGCAGCGAACGUGGCUCUGAUGGCCAGGACCACAUCCGAGUGGGCAAGCUCAACCUCGUGGACCUGGCUGGCAGCGAGAGGCAGAACAAGGCAGGCCCCAACACAGCGGGAGGGGCAGCCACACCAUCCUCGGGUGGCGGUGGUGGCGGUGGAGGCAGUGGUGGCGGUGCUGGUGGAGAGAGGCCUAAGGAAGCCUCCAAAAUCAACCUCUCAUUAUCUGCCCUGGGCAACGUGAUUGCUGCCCUGGCGGGCAACAGGAGCACCCACAUUCCCUACCGGGACUCCAAGCUGACCCGGCUGCUCCAGGACUCUCUGGGGGGGAAUGCCAAGACCAUCAUGGUAGCCACACUGGGGCCAGCUUCUCACAGCUACGAUGAGAGCCUCUCCACCUUGCGCUUUGCCAACCGAGCCAAGAACAUCAAGAACAAGCCCCGGGUGAACGAGGACCCCAAGGACACACUGCUGCGGGAAUUCCAAGAGGAGAUUGCCCGCCUGAAGGCCCAGCUGGAGAAGAGGGGGAUGCUGGGGAAGCGGCCCCGGAGGAAGAGCAGCCGCAGGAAGAAGGCCGUGUCCGCCCCGCCUGGGUACCCUGAGGGCCCAGUGAUUGAGGCCUGGGUGGCAGAAGAGGAGGAUGACAACAACAACAACCACCGCCCGCCCCAGCCCAUCCUGGAGUCAGCCUUGGAGAAGAACAUGGAGAAUUACCUGCAGGAACAGAAGGAGCGGCUGGAGGAGGAGAAGGCAGCCAUCCAGGAUGACCGCAGCCUGGUGAGCGAGGAGAAGCAGAAGCUGCUGGAGGAGAAGGAGAAGAUGCUGGAGGACCUGCGGCGGGAACAGCAGGCCACAGAGCUGCUUGCGGCCAAGUACAAGGCCAUGGAGAGCAAGCUCCUCAUCGGGGGCAGGAACAUCAUGGAUCACACCAACGAACAGCAGAAGAUGUUGGAACUGAAGAGGCAGGAGAUUGCCGAGCAGAAACGUCGUGAGCGGGAGAUGCAGCAGGAGAUGAUGCUCCGGGACGAGGAGACCAUGGAGCUCCGGGGCACCUACACAUCCCUGCAGCAGGAGGUGGAGGUCAAAACCAAGAAACUCAAGAAGCUCUACGCCAAGCUGCAGGCGGUGAAGGCGGAGAUCCAGGACCAGCAUGAUGAGUACAUUCGCGUGCGGCAGGACCUGGAGGAGGCGCAGAACGAGCAGACCCGCGAACUCAAGCUCAAGUACCUAAUCAUCGAGAACUUCAUCCCGCCGGAGGAGAAGAACAAGAUCAUGAACCGGCUUUUCCUGGACUGUGAGGAGGAGCAGUGGAAGUUCCAGCCACUGGUGCCAGCCGGCGUCAGUAACAGCCAGAUGAAGAAGCGGCCAACAUCUGCAGUGGGCUACAAGAGGCCUAUCAGCCAGUAUGCUCGGGUUGCCAUGGCAAUGGGGUCCCACCCCAGGUACAGGGCUGAAAACAUAAUGUUUCUGGAGUUGGAUGUGUCCCCUCCAGCUGUCUUUGAGAUGGAAUUCUCUCACGACCAAGAACAAGACCCUCGUGCGCUACACAUGGAGAGGCUCAUGCGAUUGGACAGCUUUCUGGAAAGACCUUCCACGUCUAAAGUCCGAAAGUCCAGAUCCUGGUGCCAGAGUCCUCAGCGGCCUCCACCUUCCACCACACAUGCCUCCCUGGCCUCUGCUUCUCUGCGCCCUGCAACAGUGGCGGACCAUGAGUGACAACCAUCACGUCAGGCUGCCCAUCCAAUAGACUCCUGGGAUGGGGCAGCCAACCCUGGCUCAUCUCAUCUGCCGCUUGGUGCGUGUGCGUGUGCGUGCAUGUGCGUGUGCGUGUGUGCAGGGGUGAGAAUCUGGCAGAUGGUGCCUCUGCCUGCUCUUCUUCGCCUCCUUUAUUUAAUUCAUGUUAUUUAUUCGCGGAGCUCAGUUCGUGUUGGGGAGAUGCCCUCGCCUGAGCCGUCUGGGCCUACCGUGGUCACUGCGUAGCCUCUUUUUCUUCUGACUUGAGAGCUCCCCCAGUCAGAUCUCAGGCUUGUCCCCCUGUCAGCUGCCUCCAGAAGGGAAGGUAGCCAGUGCCUGAGAAGACAGUCCCUUUUCUACCCACCGCACUCCAUAACCUCCAUCUUCUCCCACACUGAUGGCGAGCAGCCCCUGAGCACUUUCUGGGACUGGGAGACUGCUUGGUGUUCCCUGAGGACAAGAGACAUCCUGACAGUGUUGGGCAUCUGCUCCCCGUGGACACAGCCCCACUCUCCACUUUCUGAGCCUCAGACAACCUCAUUCAGCCUCUUGGGCUCCUUUUCAAGGACAUUAAUAACCUCACCAACAUAGCUCAUGCCCUUCAGCUUUGACAAGAACUCACGGCUUCCCAAACUCUGCUUUCUGCCCACCUUGGAUGGGAACUGUGGACCAACCAAUUACCAUCACCUUGGAACCUGCAGGAAAUGGAACAGCAAUUGAGACAACUUGAACAGUCAUCAGCGGAAGUCCCUCCACUGGAUUCCUUUGUUUCUGUCCCCUCCGAGGAGUCAUUUUGGUCGACAGGCCCUCAAGUCAACUCCCCAUUUUCAAGAGGCUGCUCCUGCCUGCUUCGAUCAUUUCUCCCUGCAGCUGCCUAGACCCCGUUCACAGUGGGAGGAGUCAAUGUCAUUCUACCCCUGGCUAAACGAAGAUAUUAACAUCUAUUGCUUUUUCCCUUCAUCUGUCACAGGAAACAGAAGCCCAGGCACAAUCUUUUCCAGCUUUGCCUGUUACCCCUGUUUCUGAAUUGCAUCUUUAAGGUAUUAUUUUGUUGAAAAUAGAUCCUUUAUUCACUAGUUACGCAAAUUGGUUCCUAGGGGGAUACUCCUUACCUUCCUUUGUGAUGGCCCAAAAUGUCUCUAGGUAUCUCAAGUGAUAAGUAAAUUUCUACAAAAAAAAAUGGUUAAUGUUCAUUGACUGGCUUUUUAAGUGUAUAUUUUGGUGGACGGGUGAAGAGGUAAUAACGAAAGCAAGCGAGUGAAUUAGGAUUUCAAAGUGCCCUAAUAGUGCGAGUCUCCAGUUCCUAGAAUAUGAAGAGUGCUGUCGUUGGGGUGAAACCGUGAGACUGACAGAUCUGCCUGAAAUGGGGGGUGUGGGAGGUGGUGGCGGGGGUUAUUCUCUUUCCUUCAGGAAAUGAACCCUUCUUACAUCAUUCAAGUUCUGCUCUGAGGAUCAAGCUUGGGUCUGAUUUAACUCAGCGACACUGUCAUUUCUGCUUCAUUACUGGACUAGAGGGUUGAGCCACCCACUUGCCAUUUGCUCCUGUCCUUCCAGGAAAUCACAAUUUUCAUCAGAGCCCAAGAGAUUAUUUGAGACUCAGGAUUCAGAUCAGAGGUUCGACUGUGGCUGGGACAGGAGUUGUGUGUAGAAAUUCACCAGGUGGCCUGAGCGCAGGGGGACCUCCAGGGCUGCGUUGAGCAGCCUCUCCCACUGACCUCCUUCUCGUUUGUGGACAGAGCAGCACGUAUCACCUCAUUCAUCACUUGGACACAUCGCCUUUGCAUUGUCUUGUCACACCUCCCUCACAGUCUUAUAGCACAAUAUACCCAAAUCAGCACCCCCAGUCCGAGGGCUGGGCCCAAGGUAUGGUCAGAGGAGGAGCUCCUGCCUGCGGUUUUGUGUACGUGUGUAUGUGUGUGCGUGUUUGUGUGCGUGUUUACCUCCACAGGGGACACUCUACACUCAGUGUAAGAUCUGCUGGGAACAGGGCCACCAGGAGUGGCUGGAUCUCAGUCUCUCUGUCUCUCUUUCUCUCCUUUUCCUUUUGGUGUAUCAAAUAUUUGAUUGACAAAGUAAGGGCCUUGAUUAGGACCAAAUUCUCGUGUGUUGCUAUGGUCUUUAUUUAGGACAACAGUUAACAAUGCAGUGGCCCAUUCUUGUCACUCUACACAUAUGACUAUACGGGACAUAUGUAAUAUAUAAAUAUAUAUAUAAAACAUUCCCCUCUGUCCCCUUGGCUUAGGAUGGAGGCCUUUCUGUUGAGCUGAAAUGCACCUGCAGCUGGGUGCUGCCAGCAGCUUGCAGGCCCCAGCCCUGUUCCAAUCAACGCAGUUGACAAUAAAGGAAUGAGUAUCGUCA